ACGAUCAUGGACCCUAUUGUGUGUGCCCCGCUUAUCGUGUUGAUUUUUUAUGCUAAAAAUAGAUUUGGAUCAUUUUCUGUUAUUGUUGUCGCUAGUAUAUAAUAAUGGUUGUGAUGGAAAACUACGUUCCCAAAGCACUCCGCUAACCCGCACGAUGAUAAUGGAUGAGCCCAUUGAUGGUGUGUAGUGCGCUCAUUGCGAUUACCGUCGUGGUUCUUCGGGAGCGUUGCACCGCGCUAUCGGUGGUGAUGAUUCUCGAUAAGCCAUUAGCGCCGACGCCAACCAACGGAGUUUGACUGAUUACUUUCAACAUCCGGAUGACGAAUCACUGGCUGGGCUCAGCGCAGAUCAGACGGGGUAUUAAGUGUAACAAACAUGGGAACCUUGGAACACGAUGCAUUGUGUGGCGCUGAAUAAAAGGAGGUUUUAAGUUAAUCGCGCGUUACUCUCCGAGCGCAUACUAGUUGGAAUCGACGCGGUGGAAGUUAAGCUGACAAGCAUUUGGUUGCCCGGAAAAAGAAAACUAAUCCAAGUAACGCGUUCUCUAGCUAUGGCUGGUCGUGAUGUCGAGUUGAAUGAACUACCCCCGGGAGACCCAAGGUCUACCGCCAACAGGACACCAACAGACGAUGAGGAUAUUAGUGAAAGGAUUCCUGCGUUGGGCGCGCUUGCUGCGAAAUCAUUUCGUGGGGUUUGCAACCGGAAACAAGUCUACAAACGCUUCCCCAUCAUCUCAUGGCUUCCUUCGUACAGCUGGGGCUUCCUGGUGGAGGAUAUGGUGGCCGGGCUUUCGGUUGGAUUAACGGUGAUACCGCAGGGCAUAGCGUACGCGGUGAUUGCCAGCUUGGAUCCCCAGUACGGCCUGUACUCGGCGUUUAUGGGCUGUUUCGUGUAUUGCAUUUUCGGCAGCUGCAAGGACGUUACCAUCGGACCGACGGCCAUCAUGUCGCUGAUGGUGCAGGUGCAUGCCGCCAACCUGGGCCCGGACUUUGCCAUUCUCUCAGCUUUUCUCACCGGUUGUGCCAUCCUGCUGCUGGGCAUUCUGAACCUGGGCUUUCUAGUGCAAUUCAUUUCGCUGCCCGUGACGGCAGGAUUCACGUCGGCCGCAGCCAUCACGAUUGCAAGUGGACAGAUGAAAUCGUUGCUCGGAUUGCCCGGUAAAUCGAACGAAUUCCUCGAAUCGUGGAUCAACGUAUUCGAACAUAUCGGUGAAGUGAGACUGUGGGACAGCGUGUUGGGCAUCGGUACGAUCGUCGUGCUGCUGUUGCUGAUGAAUCUGAAGAACAUUAAAGGUGGACCGCGCUGGUCCGCUACGGCAAAGUACGUGGCACUCGCCAGAAAUGCGAUCGUAGUGAUUAUCGGAAGUGUUAUAGCGUUCCUGGUCACUGAUGCCGGGCAUACCGAUGUGUUUUUGCUAACGGGCAACGUUACAUCCGGACUGCCGCCCCUACAACCACCUCCCUUUACGGCUACGGUCGGGGACCGCGAGUACAGUUUCACGGAGAUGGUGGAAGAAUUGGGCACAUCGUUGAUCGCGCUCCCGCUCAUUGCCAUCCUAGAGUCGAUUGCGAUCGCUAAGGCCUUUUCGAAAGGGAAAUCGAUUGAUGCAACGCAAGAAAUGAUCGCACUAGGACUGUGCAACAUCGCUGGCUCGUUCGUGUCCUCGAUGCCCGUAACAGGUUCGUUUACCCGAUCCGCAGUGAACAACAAUAGUGGCGUACGGACACCGCUCGGUGGUGUUAUUACCGGGGUGCUUGUCCUGCUCGCGCUCGGACUGCUGACCAGUACGUUCUACUACAUCCCGAAGGCAACGCUGGCUGGGGUUAUCAUCGCGGCCAUGCUGUUUAUGGUCGAGUUCCAUGCGGCCACCGAGAUAUGGCGUACGAAACGGAUCGAUAUCAUUCCGAUGGUGGUGACGCUAGUGGCCUGUCUCUUCCUAGGCCUGGAGUACGGCAUGGUUGUCGGUAUUGCCAUCAACUUUGUCUUCGUGCUAUAUCAAACCUCUCGUCCGAAGAUUUCCUGGGAGUGUAAGAUUAUCGAUUCAAAGGCCCUACUGAUCGUAACACCCGAUCAAAGCCUAGUGUAUUCGUGUGCCGAGUAUCUGAAACAUCAAGUGAUAAAAACUGCUACCAAGGAAGCAGUCGAUCUGGUUGUGCUCGAUGGUACACACAUCAGUUCGGUAGACUCGACGUCCGCGAAAGUGCUGGUCAGUAUGGCUCAAGAUUUGUUGCUUCAAAAUCGUACCGUUAUUGUUUGGAAAUGGAAACGUUCGCCACGUUGCACGCUACUAAGACUGAACCGGGAGGUUUUCCAGAGCUGCGUGAAAAAUGAGGAAAAUCUAGAAGGUAUUGUGAAGGAAAUGACGUCGACGAUCAAUCGAUAGAGAAAAUUUCAUCAAAUUCAAAUGAACAGUGUUGUUGUAGGAAGUGUUUGAAGGAGGCGAUCACAGAAAGUCAGCUCCUUUCACCAAACAUAAUCGGUUACCAAUAAAUUUCUUUAUAUUUUAGA